AUGUCUCUUUUCCAGAUCGCCUUUGACUAUGCCGCACCUUUCUUCCUUAUAAGCUCGCCUAUCACGUCCUAUGCCGACCAGAUCCUCAGCAUUCAUCGCACAAGAAGCUCUGCGGGCUUCUCUUUGGACAUUCCUUUGAUUAUGCUGGUUUCGUCGAUCCUGAAGAUUUUCUAUUGGUUUGGCGAGCAUUACUCAAGCACUUUGUUGACACAAGCAAUUGUUAUGAUCGUGGUGCAGGUCACGAUGCUCAAGGUUGCACUCGAUAAUCGGCCCUCCGCCGGGGUGCGGAAUGGAAUUGAGCACACACCCUUCAGCGGUGGUAACUCAGAUGGUUCAUCCUCAAGGCCCUACGAGUUUUGGCAGUGGAGGGCCACUAAACCAUACUGGAUGUCUUUGGCUUACUUCGUCGGAAUAUUGUCUGUCAUCCACCUGACCCCGGUCGCUGAAUCGUCAUUCUAUAUUAGCCUCAUUGGCUACCUCGGACUCGCCGUCGAAGCUACCCUCCCUCUCCCUCAAAUAGUCGCCAACCACCGAUCCGGCUCCUGCAAGGGCUUCCGACUCUCCGUUGUUGCGGCAUGGAUUCUUGGUGAUACCAUGAAGAUGAGCUACUUCUUCAACAGCACAGAGACCAUCCCAUGGGCGUUCAAGCUCUGUGGUAUCUUCCAGUGCGUGUGCGACUUCUACCUGGGCUUCCAGUUUUAUUACUUCACUCGAAACGCCCCCUCUCAGAUUCCGUCUCACUCCCACUCCAACUCGCUUUCCGCCUCGUUCUCCAACCCUCUCUCCACUUCACACUCCCGUGCCACCUCCCAGACCGCAGGCGAGUCUAUGGAGCACAGCGGCCGCUGGGGUCAUCACGAGAAGGAUAUCCGCAUGGACUGA